AAAAUGCCCCUUUGAAAACAUGUCAUAAACACACAAGUUGACCCUGGGCCUCCUACUCGGAUAUUGGCACAGCAGUCAGCAGUGACAGCACAAGAACGUUGCCCGUCCUUGUCUUCUUACACAUACAAUCCUGCCACUGGUAGCCCCGGACUCCCUCGGGAACCCCGAACCACUCCACACGGACCCUACCCUGCAUAUAUACCACUCGGCAAACAUGAGUGCAGCCGACGCCUUUCACACGAUCCAAGCUCCCGACCCGGAUGUGGUCCAUAUCCAGGUCUCUCGCAGCAUUGGGUCAUGGGCUUUUGACCGUGCGCAGUUCGUCGCCUGGGCCGCUCUCGGGGCCAUCAUCAUCAACUACGUUGUGCAGGUGUCACGCUUUCACUCGAUCCAGCGGACUGCCAGUAAAGAAGAGCCCCAAACCCCUCCACGAUACCCAUCGUUGAUACCAUGGCUUGGACAUGCGCUGCCCUUUGCCUUUGACAAUAUGCGCUUUAUGGAUCGCGUUGCGUCCUACAAACAAAAGUUCACAUCAUGCCUGGUCACAAUCUGCGGCAUAGACCUCUACAUCCUGCAAGAUUCGGAUACCGUGGCCCAUAUGCGCCACGAGUCCUCCGUGGGACAUGUUGUUCAGGUCUACACCUAUACCAUGAAAUGGUUCUUCGGCCUCUCAGACGUUGGUGUGAAGGCUUACCUGCGUGACGAGACCGGGCCGGACCGGAAGCCGCAUCCGAAUAGUGACCCCAGCUUCCCAGCACACAACCGCAUAUACAACAUCACCUACCAGGGUUUCCUAACUGGGCUCUCGGGACCGAAUCUCGCCCACGCCACGCAGCGAUUCACCCAACUGAUCACUUCCAACCUAGAAAAGCAGUCUCUCUCCCGAGAGUGGACCACCCACGAUGACCUGGGCUACUUCUUUCAGGAGCUCGUGAGCAAGUCCAUCCUCGAGGCGCUCUUUGGUCCGGCCUUCCUCAAGCUCAACCCCACCUUCAAUGAUGACCUGUGGGCCUUUGACCGGGACAUCCCCUGGCUCGCCAGGUGCUUGCCCUCCUUCAUCCUCCCCGGAGCUUAUCGCCGCCGCGCCAGCGUCGCAGCUCAGGUCAAGCGGUGGCACCAGAACGCAAGAGAGAACUUUACCGAGUCGAGCAUCGGUGCCGACGGCGAUGCCGAUCCCUAUUGGGGUUCCGAGCUCAUGCGCCAUCGUCAUAAGAAGCUCCCAGCCGUGGACGGCUUUGACGACGACUGCAUGGUGGCAGCUGACCUUGGGUUUAUCUGGGCCUCCGUUUCCAACGCCACGCCGACCGCGAGUUGGGUCACAGCACACCUGUUUGAGGACGAGAGCCUGCGGGACCGGGCCCGCGCCGACGUUGCCAGGCUCGGGACCCUGGACCCCAAGACACUCAGCCAGUCGUCGCCCGUGCUCAGCUCCGUCUUCGCCGAGACGCUCCGGCUCCACAGCACCAUGUACUCGAUGCUCACGGCGCGGGGCGCCGACGCCAAGCUGGGCAAGUGGCGCCUGCCGCAGGGCCAGAUCGGCGUGGUCAACACCGGCCUGAGCCACAUGGACGAGGAGGUCUGGAACACGCGCGACGGGAAGCACCCGCUCGCCAGCUUCUGGGCCGAUCGCUUCCUCGUCUAUCCCGACGACCCCACCAGCGGACCUCUCAACCAGAACAGGCGUCGCUACGCUACUAGUCCGGCGGCUAAGCCCAAGACGGAAGAGGGCCAGGAAUAUGCGAGCAGCGUUGCUGCUGAUGCCGGUGGCCCGACCUUCUCACUCGACGGUCUGGAGGGCGCGUGGAUCCCUUACGGAGCUGGGAGACACGCUUGUCCGGGUAGGGUCAUGUCCAAGCAGAUGGUCAUUUACACAUGUGCCCUCAUGGUGAGCCAGUUCGACAUUGAGCUCAUCGACGGUCCCGUGCCUGUGGAAAAGGACAGCUGGAGUUUUGGAUUUAACGUGGCAGUGCCAAUGAAAAAGAUCCCCUUUAGAAUUAGGAGGCGGGCUUAGAGAGGGCGAGGAUGCGAGGACCAUGGCUUUUAUUCAUGUAAAUAUUUUAUUUUGUCGGGACCGCUUCGCCGGUGUCUGACUCGGAUCGUAUGUGUGGGAUUUGGCUGUACAUUCAGCACUGUUGGCAUACGCUGCCUAUACUAUCCACGUUUGAAUACACUCUACCUUCGCC